GGCGGCGGCCGAGCGCGGCCAUGAGGAGCCGCGGCGCGCGCCUGUAGCCCCGCCGGACCGGCACCAGACUGGUUCCUUGCCUCAACUGGAUGUAAAGCAACUCAAACCUCUAAGGGUUUGCUUUUCAAGUAGUCUCGAGAGACCAGAAGAAGCUGAUCUUCAUAAUAAUGGAAGAGUCCAAGAGCUCUAAAAAUGGAAAUGGUGAAACAAGAAAGCUUGCCUGUGUUAUUUAUGAAGAAAGCAAAGCUGUCAGGGUGACAGCCAAUCAAAAUUCAAAAGGUAGAAGUGAUAAAUCUGUAAAAGACAUUGGGAGAAGCUCUCCAAAUGGGAACAGUAGCAAAAAAAAUAAGCCAAAUGAUCUUUGUUCCGAAAGAGCAGAAGUUAAAUUAUGUAAGGUCGAUGUGUCCGAUGUACUCACAGACUCUAAAAUCUUGGGAUCGGCUCUUCAAGAUCAAGGCCAUAGCAAAGUUAGAAAGACACCCAACCCACCGGUGGUAGGAGAAAACAUGCAACCACUGAAAGCAGAGCAGACUGGAGAAAUCUUCCCAAGUUCCCCUACUCCCGGGACUAGUGUGUGUAAGGAAACCUUACCCACAGGGAAAUCAACUUUGGAAAAUGUACCAGGACCUCACAAGUUGAAAACAAACACCGAUAACUCUGGCAAUUCCAGUAACAGUGUUUCAGGAUCAGAAGACCAAUCUGAUGAACUGAGUAAAGUAAAGAGUGCCGAACCACCUAAAGAACACCUUUCGGAGAUUGAUUAUUUAGAAAAUGCCACUGUGAUUGAUGAAUCCGCCCUGACCGCUGAGCAGCAGCUAGGCCUGAAACAAGCUGAGGAACGCCUGGAAAGAGAUUACAUCUUCAGACUAGAAAAACGUUCCCCAGAAUACACCAACUGCCGGUAUCUAUGCAAACUCUGCUUAGUUCACAUUGAAAACAUCCAGGGCGCUCACAAGCAUAUAAAGGAGAAACGGCACAAGAAAAAUAUCAUGGAAAAACAGGAAGAAAAUGAGCUGCGGGCCUUACCACCCCCUUCCCCGGCCCAGGUGGCCGCUUUGAGCUUUACACUUAUCGAAGCAGCGAAAGAACAAGGAAUAUCAGAUGACGACUUCAGGGUCCGAGAGGAAAUCGUAAACGAGAUGGAGAAGAUCGUCCGACGGUCUUUACCCGACUGUUCCCUGAGGAUGUAUGGCUCCUCUCUGACAAAGUUCGCUUUUCAAAACAGUGACGUUAAUAUAGACGUCAAAUUUCCCUCCAAGAUGAGUCAUCCAGAUGUUCUGAUACAGGUGCUUGACAUCCUAAAACACAGUGCAUUGUACUCAGACGUGGAGUCAGAUUUCCAUGCCAAAGUUCCUGUUGUUUUUUGCAAAGAUAUGAAAAGUGGCUUAACAUGCAAAGUAAGUGCAGGAAACGAUGUGGCGUGCCUUACAGCUGAUUUGCUGGCUGCUCUGGGAAAAUUAGAGCCUGUACUUAGGCCCUUGGUGUUAGCUUUUCGCUACUGGGCAAGGAUGUGCCAUAUCGACUGCCAAGCCGAAGGGGGGAUUCCUUCAUACUCUUUUGCUUUAAUGGUGAUAUUUUUCCUUCAACAAAGAAGACCACCUAUUCUUCCUUCCUACCUGGGCACAUGGAUUGAAGGCUUUGAUUCCAAGAAAGUAGAUGACCAUCAGCUGAAAAGCAUCGAAGAGGAAAAGUUCGUGAAGUGGGAAUACAAACCGUCAAAUUGCACCUCUGGGAAAAACUCGAAUGAGACGGAAGACAGAGCAAAGGCAGAACAGCCAAAAGGGGCCACCAAGAAGGCAACUGACUCAGAAUCCGACAACCAAAGUAAUGCCACGCAAGAGACACAUGGCAGAUCUCCAUUAUCAUUGGAAACACCACAUCAGGUAUCUUUGGGACAACUGUGGUUGGACCUGUUGAAGUUUUAUACUUUGGAAUUCGCUCUGGAGGAGUAUGUCAUCAGUGUGCGGGUUCAGGAACUCCUGACGAGAGAGAGCAAAAACUGGCCUAAAAGGCGGAUCGCCAUCGAAGAUCCUUUUGCACUAAAGAGGAAUGUUGCACGCAGCUUAAAUAGCCAGAUGGUGUUUGAAUACAUCCUGGAAAGGUUCAGGACAGCCUACAGAUAUUUUGCUUGUCCUCAGAGUAAAGAUGGGCAGAGAUCUAAGGCAGAUACCAAGAAGAAAGAGAAGGGAAAAAUAAGCAACAAGAAAUCUGUCAAGCCUGGAGAUGCGGUAGCCAGUUGUUGCCUCCAACAAGGGGAAAACCUGGAGAAACCAAAUGGCAAAAGCGGCUGUGGUGCGCCUGCGGGGGAAGUCGAGGAACACAGUGAAAUGGAAUCUCUGUCCGGGAGGGGUCUCGCCAAGGACUCAGACGGCUCCCUGGUAACUACGCUAAGGGCUGCGGACCCGGGUCGUGACCGAGACGACGACGACGGGGGGAGGCAGGCGGCCGGGUCCCCUAGUACUGCCGAAGGCUAUGAAGUAGAGCAAAAAUCACUUGAACAGCCAGACGCUGCCGAGUCUUCAGGAACCGGUUUAAAAGAUGAACUACUCGGACUCCAGUACACCUGCAGCGAACCCAGCUCACUGGACUCAAAUGCCACGAGCGGCCGGACGGGGACCGAACCCCCCUCGGAUUCUGAACCAGAGUGUUCUCGGAAGCGUCAGGAUGCUGACGCGUCAGCUACCUCGCACAACUGCAAAGCAGCAGCAGGUGUUUGUGACCUUAAAGACGAAGGGACACUCUCCCCUCAAGAAAUGCAUUAUGUGUUUGAUCAGUUUAUUUUGACUUCCGGCAAGCCUCCGACUAUAGUAUGCAGCAUCUGCAAGCGGGACGGCCAUUCCAAGAACGACUGCCCCGAGGAUUUCAAGAAAAUUGAUCUUAAACCGCUGCCACCACUGACCAACCGAUUUCGGGAAAUACUUGAUUUAGUGUGUAAAAAAUGCUUUGAUGAGUUAUCACCCCCCUUGUCCGAGCAUCAAAACAGGGAGCAGAUUCUAGCCAGCCUGGAAAGAUUCAUUCGAAAAGAGUACAACGACAAGGCCAGAUUGUGCCUGUUUGGCUCUUCCAAGAAUGGAUUUGGAUUCCGGGACAGUGACCUGGAUAUCUGCAUGACCUUGGAGGGCCACGAAAAUGCGGAGAAAUUAAAUUGUAAAGACAUAAUUGAAAGUUUGGCAAAAAUCCUUAGGAAGCAUCCCGGUUUAAGAAACAUCUUGCCUAUAACAACUGCCAAAGUGCCUAUAGUAAAAUUUGAGCACAGACGUAGUGGAUUGGAAGGAGAUAUCAGCUUGUACAAUACUUUGGCUCAGCAUAACACAAGAAUGCUAGCCACGUAUGCAGCCCUUGAUCCGAGAGUGCAAUACUUGGGAUAUACCAUGAAAGUCUUUGCCAAGCGUUGUGACAUCGGAGAUGCUUCCAGGGGAAGCUUAUCUUCAUACGCCUACAUCCUCAUGGUGCUGUACUUCCUGCAGCAGAGGAACCCGCCUGUCAUCCCGGUCCUCCAAGAAAUCUUCGAUGGGAAACAGAUUCCUCAGAGAAUGGUCGACGGCUGGAACGCGUUCUUCUUUGAUGACGCAGAGGAACUGAAAAAGCGCUUGCCGGCCUUGGCGAAGAACACCGAGUCCCUGGGGGAGCUCUGGCUGGGGCUGCUGCGCUUCUACACGGAGGAGUUUGACUUUAAAGAGUACGUCAUCAGCAUCCGACAGAAGAAGCUGCUGACGACUUUUGAGAAACAGUGGACGUCCAAGUGCAUAGCAAUUGAAGAUCCUUUUGACUUGAAUCACAAUCUUGGUGCCGGAGUCUCUAGAAAAAUGACCAAUUUCAUCAUGAAGGCAUUUAUCAAUGGGAGGAAACUUUUCGGCACACCUUUCUAUCCCCAUAUUGGAAGGGAAGCUGAAUACUUCUUUGACUCCAAGGUGCUAACGGACGGGGAGCUGGCCCCCAACGACCGGUGCUGCCGGGUGUGUGGCAAAAUCGGGCACUACAUGAAAGACUGUCCCAAGCGGAGAAGGGUGAAGAAGAAGGAGAGUGAGAAAGAUGAUGAGAAGGAAGCUAAGGAGGAGGAACGAGAGCCCCGAGAGAAGAGGUGCUUUAUCUGCGGAGAUGUGGGCCACGUGCGAAGGGAUUGCCCUGAAUUCAAGCAGACUCGCCAGAGGAACAGCAGCGUGGCAGCCGCUCAGCUGGUCCGAAGCCUAGUGAGCGUCCAGCCGGCCGCUGGCCAGGCCCAGCCCCAGGGGGACAGGCCCCUCCGCACCAGGCAGACCUCAGAAUGCUCGGAUUCGCAUCAGUCGUCUUACUCUCCGCAGCCUCAGCCGUUCUCCCAGAACAGCGCCCAACCAGGCGGCGGGCCCCAGUCUGCGGCCCCGGCCGGGCCCCCGCCCAAGCACGUGGCCCCGCCGCCAGGGGCCCAGCCCCCCCAGGUCCAGCUGCCUUUGUUUAACUUUCCCCAGUCCCCCCCGGCCCAGUACUCGGCCCUGCCCAACCUGGGGCUGCUGUCGCUGCACCACCAUCACCACCACCACCAGCUCCAGCUCCGAGGCCCCUCGUGGCCCAUCCACGGCCCGGUGCUGCAUUCGGCCCCCAGCAACCCUCCCCCGCCUUCUGCCAGCGUGCCGUUCUCCGUGCAGACGGGGGGCGCCGCCGCCGCCGCCGCCGCCUCCGCCACCGCCGGGAGCCAGACCAGCGUCAGCCUCAACGACCCUAGCAUCAUCUUUGCCCAGCCGGCUGCCAGGCCCUUAGCGGCGGUCCCCAGCUCUUCCCACGAAGGGCACUGGCAUGGCCCCGGGGCUCCGAGCGUGCUGGGGACCAACGGGCCCACGGCCACCAACUCAGACCAGGGCUUCGCCGGGCAGUUUGGGAAACUGAACGCUCCUGUCCCCUGGGAAUCGGGAACGGCGGCCCACUUCCCCCUCCUCCAAGCGUCGUGGCCUUUCGGACUACCUCCGAGCUUCAUCCAGCAGGGCGGUGCCAGCUUCCAGCCCAACAAGCCUUUCUACCCUCAAGCCGGUCCGCUGGUGCAAGGCGGCCAGCGCUUCCCGCUGCUGUCUCCGGGACCCCCGCACCCUGCUCCGCCCGCCGCGCCCCCUCCUCACCUCAACGUCGGUUUCCUGCAGCAGAAAAAGUGACCUGAACCCAAGCCGGGCAAACGGCGGCCCGCCCCGCCGCUUUACACGCAGAUUAUUUAAAUGUCCGACCGUUUUUAAAUUGUAUCAUUUGUACAUAGAUACGAGCUAUAGUUUUUACUAGUAUCACGGAGAUGAGUGAUACAGAUUCCAUCUAUUUUAUUACCCUAUUUUUAAGGGACUUGUGUUUUGUUUUACCUUGUUAAACUGUAAAGAGAGAAUUUUAAAAAAAAAGAUUAAGUUCUUUAUUUUCUAUUAGCUGUAUUCAUACUUCGGUUGCUUCAGACUUUAUAUAUAUUGUUCUAAAAAAAUGAUUAGGAAAGGGUUUCGUGUGUUAUAACAAUUUUGUCACUUCAAUUCUUUACAGAACUAUGUAGUGCCAAAAACUUUUUAGCGGGAAAAAAAGCAAAAAAAAAAAAAACCGAAACUGCAACAUCGGGAUUCAAGAUCUUUCCUUUCCGUAGUUGUGUACUGGGAGUACUGGAGCUCAAAUGCCAAGUGGCUUUGUCUGUAUUUGGAGUAAUUCUAUUUUAAGUUAAUAAAUC